AUGGCUGUGCUUUCUACACCGAGAGAGGCUGUGCAAUUUUUUGCAAUGGAAAAAAGCAACACUUUGGGUACCCACGUAGGGUAUUUUUCGGUGGGGAAUUUUAGGGCACAUGAGAUGAGAAUUGAUGGUGGUGUAUCACUGGUGUGGCCGAGUAUGGGUGCAGUAGCCACUCCUAGGUUGCAUUUUGUACUCAUCUAG